CUACAUUUAGUUUGAAUUUUACCGGUAUAAAGUGAACUAGUUUUUUGUGCGAAAAGCAAUAAUGGAACGUUGGCAAAAUAAAGUGGCUGUGGUGACCGGUGCCAGUUCUGGAAUUGGUGCUGCUUUAAGCAUAGACUUAGUCAAUGCUGGAUUAAUUGUCGUUGGAUUGGCACGUCGUGUACAACGGGUUGAAGACCUCAAACGGCAAGUGACUAAGGAAAAACAAAGAAAUCUACACGCACUGCAAUGUGACGUUUCAAAAGAGGAAUAUGUCAAUAAAGCAUUCGAUUGGAUUGAAAAAAAUCUUGGAGGAAUAGAUAUAUUGGUAAAUAAUGCUGGGAUUUUUAGAAUAGGCACUCUGUCUGAAAUGGACACGAAUUUAGCACAAGAAAUUUUGCAAACGAAUGUUAUGGGUGUGAUUUAUUGUACUAAGAGAGCAAUCAAAUCGAUGAAAACACGUAAUUUUAACGGUCACAUUAUAUUGAUAAAUAGCAUUGGUGGACACACUGUUCCAAAUAGUAAGACCUCAAAUGUUCCAUCAUAUAAUAUGUAUUCACCGUCAAAAUUCGCUUUAACUGCUAUUACUGAAGUAUACAGACAGGAGUUCAAUAAUAUGGGUACUAAAAUAAAGAUUACAAGUAUUAGCCCCGGAUUAGUUGAAACAGAAAUUGUUCCAGAACAAAUGAAACAGGCAAUAGGCGAUCAUAUAUUGAAAUCAGAGGAUGUUUCCAGUGCUAUUUUGUUUGCUAUAUCAACUCCACCACACGUUCAAAUACAUGAAAUGAUUAUUAAACCCAUAGGGGAAAUAAUAUGAGCACGUCUUUAUAUAUAUACAUCUGUCAACUAUACUUAUCAAUAUUAAAUGUAAUUUUAUAGUUAUAUAUCUAUGUUAUCAGCUAAUUACAUGUGUAAUAAUAAAUUAAAACACAUGUUUAAAAAACAAACCUGAGAAACACAAAAAAAAACAUUGAAAUUAUGGUUAAUUAUA